GACGUGGGACGGGAAGGACGGCGGUGGGGACUAGCGCUCGGGGACACCGGGAGGACUAGCCGAGCCGCGGGGAGAGCGGGAAGCCCGAGGGGGCGGGGCUGGCGCGGGCUGCGGGUGCAGCACUAGGAUGCCCACGGUGUGACAGCGCCCGUAGGCAGCCCCGCGGGUAGGGCGCGUGGGUGGGCGGGUAGGGCAGGAGGAGCACCCGGCAUGUCGCAAGGGCUCCCGGCCGCUGGCAGUGUCCCGCAGAGGAGCGUCGCGGCGCCCGGGAACCAGCCCCAGCCGCAGAGCCCUGAGGAUGAUGACAGGAAGGUCCGAAGGAGAGAAAAAAACCGCGUUGCUGCUCAGAGAAGUCGGAAGAAGCAGACCCAGAAGGCAGAUAAGCUCCACGAGGAAUAUGAGUGCCUGGAGCAAGAAAACACCAUGCUGCGGAGAGAGAUCGGGAAGCUGACGGAGGAGCUGAAGCACCUGACAGAGGCACUGAAGGAGCACGAAAAGAUGUGCCCACUGCUGCUCUGCCCCAUGAACUUUGUGCCAGUGCCUCCCCGGCCGGACCCCGUGGCUGGCUGCCUGCCCCGAUGAAGCCCAGGACGCUCCUCUGCCCAACGAGGAGGCUUGGUUGUUUUCAUAUAUGAAAGGAAGGGUUUCCCUUCACAAUUCUAUACAGGGGGCACCUGUGGCCAGGCCUCUUCCUGGGUGCCCAGGACCAGCCAGCUGUGUCCCCUGCAGACUGGGCUCAGCAUGACGUCCAACAGGCACCAGACUCACAGAGCCCUUGCACAGAUCCAGCAUGGAGGCCACCCUCAGUAGUGGCUUCUCGUCCACCCUGGCAGCUAGUAGGUUCUGCUGCUAUGCAGAGCCAUUCCUCUAGAAUUUGGAUAAUAAAGAUGCUUAUUGUC